AUGGCGAACAUGGUAGUCGCACUACGAGCUCUAUCGUCGACCUCCAAGCCAAUCCACAGGAUUACUGGCGGUCCCAAAUUGAUCCGUCUUGCGUUUCCAGAACCAGUUUCUAACUUUCGAAUCCUGAACGAUUUUGUUCCGGAUAUUCUACCAUCCUCUGUAACAAGAUACCCGGCCGUAUUUAGCGUCCAUAUCUCGAAAACGUUAUCAGACGACGAAAUCACAGAGUUGGUCAAGUGGAUUAAGGAGAUCGGUAAGGGCCGCGGAUUUGCGGUAAAUGGGGCAUACCGCACCAAUUCGACCGUUGUCAUACUCGAAACACCUUACAGCGUAGCGAGAACGCCUGUGAACUGGGCACUGGGAACUCUUCCAAAUAUUCUUGUUCUUGAAGCCCCUCGUGAAGUCUAUGCUCAACUUAGGAAUAUACCAGGUGUGAAUGUGAUUUUUGAAGAUAUGAGCAGCAACAAUCUUGCUUCCUCUCCGAGCGCUACGGAGUUGCCAGUUGCUGCUCAUGAGGAGUUCCUAAGGGAGUUACACAAAGAGUCGGCGAUAAAUCCCCUGGAAAAGCCUCCAAAUGAAACAAAAGGCAACUAA